CUCUUGAAAAGAUAGCACCAUUAUCAUUAGCACAUACAAAAUGGGAUAAUGUAGGUCUACUAGUUGAACCACCAUAUCCACGUUCUUCAGCCACAAGUGUAUUUCUCACCAUAGAUUUAACACCCAUAGUUCUUGAGGAAGCCAUUUCGACUCCUAGUGUUGGAAUGAUAGUGGCUUAUCAUCCACCGAUAUUUCAUGCUUUUAAACGAUUAAAUUUGAAUGAUACGAAACAAAGCAUUGUUUUAAAAUGUAUUGCAGAAGGAAUUAGUGUUUAUAGUCCUCAUACUGCUAUUGAUUGUAGUGUUGGUGGAGUAAAUGAUUGGUUAGCUAAAGGACUUGGAUCAGGAACAUCUAUAUCUUUAGUGCCUAGACAUGAGGAAGCAGGGGCAGGUAGACUUUUCACAUUAGAAGAACCAGUGUCAUUAUCAACUAUGGUUAAACGAAUUAAAAAUCAUCUGAAGUUAAAGCAUGGUAAAUAUAAAUCAAUAAUUGAUAAAUAUGAUGAUAAAGAUAACAACAAUGAUUUAGGGAAUUGA